AUGUCUGAUGCCAAUUCCACCAGCGAGCACAUCGCGCGGUUCCACCGCAGAGAACAGCGAAGACGCAUCCGACGCGACAGAGCGUCAGCCACAAGCUCGUUGACAUCCAGCAUCGCAGGAUCGGAAUAUGGCGCGGCAUCUUCUGUCACAAGUCGCGAAACAGGCGAUCGUAACGGGCGAAGAAGUAAUGUCGUUCUCACGGGCACAUCGCACGAGAUGGAUACGACAGACGUGUCUGGGACUGCAAGAUCUUCGGACGCUCAGAGUGCGGAAGAUCCUAUAAAACCUCUCGGCAAAAGGAGCUUUGAAGAGGCAACCACACCUACGCCAGAACGUACCCAAGAACCAGCCCUGGGGGUCGUGGUGUCGCCGGCUGCCGAAGCUAUUAUCUUCUUGCGACGUGCCUUUUCUCCGGGAGUCAUCAUGUGGAUUAUCCCCUUAGUAGCAGUGUCAUUUCUCAUAAGCUGGGCACUCAACUUCCUGUGCAACGGUACACUCGCCUCUGCACUCGUCAAAGCCUUGAUCCCCACGUCGAUCCACAAGCCCUUGUGUGGCUUGCCCAGUCAGCCAGCGUAUUACUUUCCCCAAGGCAUUCUCAGGUCUGAUAAGCUGGACGACAAGCCUGGUUUCCUUGUAGGACCGUCGCAAUGGGUAGCUCUUGGUAACCAGGUGAGCUAUAUCUAUCACAGGCUCGGAGACUCGCACGGACAGGCUCUGAUCAUAGAUCAGAUCCAGUUAGGCGCAUAUAUCAACGCGACCAACGAUGCCGCAUCUCAGCACGAGAUAUUUGUGACUCACCAACAAGAGCUAUGGCAGAAGGUAGACCAGUACAUCACAAAAUUUCCAAAACAGACACCCAAGCCUGGCUUUUGGGAUGGGGUCCUAGGACGACCAAACUCAGCCCUCAAUCAAAAAGCCAGAAGCACAACCUCGGAGCUUCUGGAAAUCCUGGUCAUUGCAGACGAUACGCUUGAGCAGCUUCAAACCAACAUGUCAUAUCAGGACGUCAAAAGCAAGAUCCUUACACCAGAGAUCAAGAACUUCCGCGAGAGCCUAGAGACGUAUCUAGCUCUCAGCGGCGAUUCUGAUAAGGAUAAGAUUACAGCGGGCAUCAGAUUGUGGGAGAACAACCGCGACAGGAUCCUGGAGUCGACAAGGAAGCGGAUCGAUAGAUUUGACCAAGAGAGGCAGUGGUUGAAGAUGAAUAUGCAGUCUAUUGCGGGUCUCAAAUAUAGGCUAGAUGAGGGGAGGGGGAGUCAAGGGAAGGUCGAUUGGGAGGAUGAGAUGGAUAGAAUAUUGCCUUAG